UCCCCCCCUAUUAUACGCGAUCGCUUUUCGGCUUCUCAGUAUCGACUCGUUCAUCGAACUCUCUCCGUCCAUUCGCCAUUGGAGCUCGCCAACCCACCGUCUCCCCGCCCUGCCUUCAGAUCCUGGUAAACUCGAGAAACAGAUCGGAUUCGUGAUGGAGGUGGAAGGGACGGUGGAGUCGGAUUCAGAUAAGAAGCCAGCGAAGAAGUGCAGCUCCGACGCCGCGGCGACGGCCUCGAACAACGGCUGCUUCGACUGCAACAUAUGCCUGGACUUCGCCGCGGACCCGGUGGUCACCCUCUGCGGCCACCUCUACUGCUGGCCGUGCAUAUACAAGUGGCUGCAGCAGGGCAACGGCGGGGGCGGCGAGUCCUCGCAGCAGUGCCCGGUGUGCAAGGCUGCGUUGUUCCAGCGGAGCCUGGUGCCGCUCUACGGCCGCGGCCAUAGCACCAAAUCGGCCCAGCAAAGCCUCGACGUACCGCGCCGACCCUCGUUCCCGCGGGAGGCGAUCGAGCAGCGAUUGCUGCAGCUGAACGAAGAGCAGGAUCCGGUGAUGCAGCAGCGGCGUCGCCACGUAGUCGAAUCUAGCGGCGAUCACGCGCCGCCGUUCUCGCCGCUGGCGGCGGCAAGGGUGACAAAUUCGGCUGCCGGUGAGGUGUUGGGGGGGAUGGCAGUGGCGGUGCUGCCGUGGAUGUUUCGGGACCAGGAGUGGGCAAGCGUCUACCACCCGAGCCCGUACCACGUCGUCGGCAACGGGGUGAGGAGGCAGGAGGUGGAGCUUGCGCGGUCACUGCAUCAGAUAUGGGUCUUCCUCUUCUGCUGCGCCAUUCUGUGUCUCCUCUUGUUCUGAGACUCCAAUGCGUCUUCGGAGCAUGACGAGGCACCUGUCACGGGAAAGCAAAAGGGUCAAGAUGCUUGACCAAAAUCAAAAAGGUAAGGAGGAUUCAGAAGCUGAUGCUUCUCGAGUAUCAGAAUCAUGUUGCAGAAAUCCCCGAAAGCACUCACCGAUCGGUGAAUCAACUGUAUGAAUCAUUUGAACCUUUGGGCAAAUUUCAGUUCAAAACGAGAUUCUGUCAAGAGAGAGAGAGAGAGAGAGAGAGAGAGAGAGAGGAUAUCAAUAAAAACAAUCUCUGUAGCAAUUCCUGAUUCAGCUCCGCGCUUCUCUUCAUCUCCAGCAUUGUAUCAACUAUCCUCUUGUGUAAAAAAUUGUGAGCGGAUAGAAUAACCUAAUUAUUUAUUAGCAUGAAUAUAA